CUACACAAUGGCACUACGUACGUUCUCAAUAUAUUAAAUGACUCCGAUGGUAUUGGAGAAAUGGGGGAGAAAAGUACAAUAAAAUAAGACUAUUAAUUAUUUUUUGGUUCGCUUAAAAUCCCUGACCGGAAGCUCGACGUCAGCAAUCCGUGUAACUUGACCACUGUAGGGAAAACGGAGCAGAAGAGCGAAACAUGGCGACUUCGAGCAAUCCGCGGAAAUUCAGCGAGAAAAUCGCUUUACAUAAUCAGAAGCAGGCAGAGGAGACAGCGGCAUUUGAAGAAGUGAUGAAGGACCUGAGCAUAACGCGGGCAGCCAGGCUCCAGCUGCAGGACACAAAGUAUUUGCAGAUGGGAUCGAGCCGUGGCCAGUACUACGGAGGGUCUUUACCAAAUGUGAAUCAGGUUGGAACCUGCACUGCUGAUGUGCCUUUUCAGAAUUUAGGUCUUGACACUAAUAGAUCCACGCGACACCACGGAUUGGUGGACAGAGUCUACCGAGACCGGAACCGAAUUACAUCGCCCAAUCGGAAAUCGCUCUCUAUAGACAAGCAUGGACGCCAAAUUGAUAGCUGUCCGUACGGCUCAGUGUACCUGUCGCCGCCCCCUGACACCAGCUGGAGAAGGACAAAUUCAGACUCAGCCCUGCAUCAGAGCACUCUGACUCCUGCACAACACACCUCCUUCACUGGAGGCUCUCAGGAACUUCAGCCAAAACGAGUUCUCCUUCUCACUGUGCCAGGGUCUGGAGUCCUUAAGCAAGAGGUUGAUGAAGACGGACAGAAGCAGAGCUGGGACUGCAAAAAGAAUGUGUCGCAGUCUGAACCCUGUCAAGUUCCUGGCAUCCACAUAUUCCCGACCCCAGAGCAGCAGAUGGCCACGUCUCUGAAACCAGUGGCCCACAACAGUGGCGGCUCUCUUCCCGACCUGACCAACAUCCAGUUUCCUCCCCCUCUGCCCACCCCGCUGGACUCAGAUGACACAGCAGCCGCCUCGUUCGGCUCUGCCGGCAGCACUCAGACUCCAGGAGGGAACACCUCACAGCCAACAGUAACCAUGGAAAUGGAGCCUGGCCAGGAGAACAUGGUUCCUCUCAUUCUGAAUGCAGGAGACUCACACCAGCAGCAGAGCCUGCAACUCUCCCAAACGUCUCCACCACUUCCUCUAUCCCAGGUGGCCAUCAGUGCUAUGAAUCUUGAACAACAGUUGUCCCAGUAUUCUUUCAUCAAUCAGCAGUCAAUGACCCAGACACACCAGAACCAACAACAGACGAGUCUAGUCCAGCUGCCGUCUUCUGUGAACUCCUGCCGUACGUCAGACAACCAGGCAUCUGCACAAACUAACAUGACCAUCGACAUGAAUGCGGCCGCCUCCCUGCAGCAGUACCGCCACAGGGUUGGGUCCUCAGCCAAUCAGUCUCCAACCUCUCCCGUCUCCAAUCAAGGCUUCUCACCCGGAGGCUCACCUCAACAUAACUCCAUCCUGGGUAGUGUGUUUGCUGACUUCUAUGACCAGCAGCUGCCAUCCAUUCAGGCCAGCGUUCUCUCACAACAGUUGGAGCAGUUCAACAUGAUGGAGACCCCCAUCAGCUCUGACAGCCUGUACAGCCAGACCUCCACCCUCAACUACUCCCAGGCUCUUAUGAUGGGUUUGACCGGCCACUGCAACCUUCAGGACUCCCAGCAGCUGGGCUACAGUAGCCAUGGCAACAUCCCCAACAUCAUUCUGACAGUGAGUGGAGAGUCUCCUCCGAGCCUCCCCAAGGACCUGACCAGCUCACUGUCCACAGACAUCGGCUUCGACGUGGACUCCCAGUUCCCACUGGAUGAUUUAAAAAUUGACCCUCUGACUCUGGAUGGCCUGCACAUGCUGAAUGACCCGGACAUGAUUCUCGCCGACCCCGCUACAGAGGACGCAUUUCGCCUCGACCGCCUCUAGUUCUCGCUCUCCAUCGCUCACCGUACCUGAACUGGGCCGUCCAGCACUUCUGCCUGAGCAGAACAAGCGAUUCCACUCAAUCGAACCCCUGACUGUGAGUUUUUCAAAAACAACAACAAAAAAAAUCCUAUGUGGGAAAUUGCAUGGAGAAGCUAGAAGACUGCUUCUAGCUUCCGGCAUAGGGUACGGGAUGAAUCUGUUAGAUGGCUCAGUCUCUACAUUCACCAUUCGGAUCGCUUUUCAGCACCAGGCUAACUGUUUGAGGAAGCCAGACGGCAGCAGAGACAGCCUGGUGACUAGCUAAAGUUAAAACAAUCAGCAUAUUCCAGUCCAGCUGCCUGAGUAUUUUGAUGAUUUAGAGAAGAUCCAGAAAAGGUAGACUCCUCUCAGUCUAGCUUGGGUUUUGUGCUUUCAUCUCGAUGGUUUUUGAUAUAUGUAUGCCCCAAGAGGCACGGAGUCAUCACUAUUUUUUAGGCUAUUUCUGAGUAUAGAUUUUAUCAAAGGGAAUAGGAGUCAUCAUUUAUGCAUGAAAUCAUAAAUCACUGUGGAUACUUGUUUUGCCUUAAAAGCUUGACGUUUUGGUUUUCAUUGCAAAAAGAUAAACAAAAAAAAAAAAGCUAAGAAGUCAUUUUUACUGAGUUGCAAGUUGCUUGGCCUGCAUAAUUUACUGUUGUGUUGUCACUACGGCCUCAUAAGUCAGAACCUAACUGCGGAUCCGCUCGGUCUUAGUGAAGAAAACGAUGUUUACAGACUCGUUCUGCUUUACUUGUACAGGAUGUGGUUGGAUUUUUGCAUAAUGAUAUCUAUGCAAAACUACGGUGACUGGGAGGACUGGAACUGGUUGAAGGCAGAGUCGGGGGUUCCUCUGGAAAGGACGUGAAUGUCUUUCAACAAACAUUUCUCUUUCAUUUUAAGGUCAAAUAUGGAAUAAAAUAGAGUAAGCAUGGCUGUCGCUGGAGAUUCCUGAAUUCCUCCCAAAGACGGGACCUUGGGGGGUGAAACCUAUUUUUCCAGUCAGCUGAACUGCCAAACAACACUGUUGAUGCAAUGAGAAUGUACUUAGUUUACAUCUGUGUGGUUGUGAUGCUGUCAUUUUGUUAUCCUCAUUCCCUCCUUUUCUAGUU